AUGGACCGCGGCAAAUCAUACGCUGAGGAGUUGGAUUAUGAAGAAGACCACUCUUCUUUCAUCUCCAGAAUAAUGAGCGCGCUACUGACACCGUUAAGCGCUGUUGUUUCGAAGAAUGCCGUAACCGCAUACCUAGGCACCUUUCUUUUCUUCGUUACUGCCAUAUGCAUGAUAUUUGUGUCGGUUUUCGCAUACGGGCUCUUCUAUUACAAUGUGAUUCCCCAUGUCGGGCUCGAGCGCAUCGUACACUUGCAGUUUGGAAGUGAGGCGCAUCCGUGGGGAAUUGCUACGCUAGAUUCAAGCUUGGUCUCGUUCCAGCCGUACGAUGUGCACGUAGAACUGGAGCUCCCGCAAACACCGUCGAACCUAGCUGCCGGAAACUUCAUGCUGGAUCUCUCGCUAUUAUCUCAGCCUUCAACCUCCGCAAGCACAGGGGAGAAUUCAUCUCCCCAGACCAUCUCUCACUCUCGCCGUCCCGCGAUUUUGUCCUAUGCUUCGCCCUUAAUCGACAUCUCAAGGAAGGUCACAUUUAUGCCUUUGUAUAUCUUGGGCUGGCAGCGCGAAGCGGAGCGGCUCGUCGUACGAAUGAUGGAACGGGUUGAGUUCACUCGUGGCGCGCUUAAUAUCCCAGGAAGUGCGCGCCUGGAGCUUCAUAGCCAAGUCGAGAUGCAGGUCUAUGCAGCAAAGGUGAUAUUUCGGGCACAUCUCACUGGGCUACGGUGGAUUAUGUAUCGAUGGAGAAUCACAUCAUUCUUCGUUUUCACUUCUAUGUUUUGGGCGGUCUCUAUGUUCUCGUUUUCUCUCUCUUGGAUUAUCCUGCCGUGCUUCUUUGCGUCCUCGCGCACUAAGAAGCAGAAGGGAGAGGUCAAGGCGGAGGAUGAGCGCGAGGGUCCACGUACGAUCAAACAAGAGCCAGUUGAGCAGCUCGGUUUCCAAGAGGCUGAGCCUAGUGCCGAACCCUCCAUUCGCGAGUCAAAUAUUAAGCAAGAGGCCGACACCGAAGAAGAGGAUGAAGCAGAUUCUGAUGAACUGCUACAUGAUCCAGGGCUUCUGCAUAGUUCAGGAACUUCUGGCUCAGGGACGGGGAUAGAGAAUGAUGAAGCGGCGGGUCUUCAGCAACGGCGUGGCCAUUUAUUUGAAAGCUAG